GGUUGCUUAAACUGGCGACACUUCUUUGGUUUCGUCACAUUCCUCUGUAGUAAAAAAAAAAUCCCCCUGGUUUGUCACUGGACUAUAAGAAUUGAGCUUUGGUCACACAUCUUCACUUUCAUGUGAUGCAGCUCAUAACACAAAGGAGCUCAAAGCCCUCGAGGAAACGAUGAGCGUUGGUUUAUCGGUUGGGACAGGAAAACGACGCUGUCUCGCUGGGUUUGUUCCAGGCAACUGACCCAAUAAGAAGCCUUCGUCUCCUGUGAUUCUGACUGUCUGACAGAUCAAACCUCCCUGUGCUGCAGUGUAUUCAUCCCCCCCAAGAGUCAAGGACAUAAUGUGACACAUCUUGAUCCCUCACUGACUGACUGACUUAAACUGGGGCCACCAUGCAGGAGUGUCACACAGGGCUGUGUCUUUCUGUCUAUGUCAUUACUUUUGUGCUGGGGUUCCCAGCCAAUGUCCUUGCCUUUUACACUUUCUGCAAGAAAGUGAGGCAGAAACCCUCACCGAUCGACAUCCUUCUCCUCAACCUGACCAUCUCUGACCUCCUCUUUCUCCUCUUCCUGCCGUUUAAGAUGCAGGAAGUGAUGAAUAACAUGCUGUGGGACAUGCCUUACCCCCUCUGCCCACUGUCUGGCUUCAUCUUCUACAUGACCAUCUACAACAGCACCUUCUUCCUCACUGCGGUCAGCGUAGAACGCUACCUGGGCGUGGCUUUCCCCAUCCAGCACUCCCUGAGGCGGCGACCCAGGUACGCUGUUGCCGCCAGCAUCUUCUUCUGGAUUUUCUCCUUCGUCCACCUGAGCAUUGUGUUCAUCGUGCCCUUCAUCGGCUCUGAAAACUCUCCGAAUAACACCUCAGGCCACAAUGCCUCAGGUAGCUCUGCCACUGGUGACAACAAUAAGGAGGUGUGUUACGAGAAUUUCACAGAGGCUCAGCUGAAUGUGCUCCUGCCUGUACGUCUGGAGCUCUGUUUAGUACUUUUCUGCAUCCCCUUCCUGAUUAGCAGUUUCUGCUACAUCAAUUUCAUCAGGAUUCUGUCCAAACUGCAGCACAUUGACCGGCGCCGGCGCCUCCGGGCCAUUGGCAUGGCUUUAGGAACACUGCUGGUGUUUGCUUUAUGUUUUGGACCCUACAAUGUCUCGCACAUUGUGGGUUUUAUUACAUGGAAAAGUCCAGACUGGCGAGACAAGGCCCUGCUAUGUAGCACCUUUAACGCCUGUCUAGACCCUCUUAUUUUCUACUUCUCCUCCUCUGCUGUAAGAGGGACUGUGGGUAGUGUGAUGGAAGGAGUUAAAAGCCGCCUACACAGGUGCAUGUCCUGUCACAUGCUCUGGGGCUUGUGGGGGGGAAUUAACGAGACUGAAAAAGAUAAGGAACACAAACAAGAGGAGAUCAAUGCUAUCUGAGCUGACUGAAAGGGAGCUAUGGGCAGCUGCCUUCGUUAAUUUGUUAUUUCUUCAUCCCUAGAAGCAGGAAAUGAAUGUCAUGUUUCUGUUUUUAUACGUGAGAAAAUGACUUUGCAUACUUUAUACAGUGAAACAUGUCUCUGUUUGAGUCUGAUGAACUUCCUAUUUUGAAACAAGAACAGGCCACAGCCGUUUUUAUGCUGCGUAAUGUAUAAAGCCACAGAGACAGGCUACUUUGAACUGUCACAUUCAAGUGAAAAAUAUUUCUUACACAACAGCAGGAUUUCAUAAGAUCUCUAUUCGUGCAGUCAGGUGUUGUAGAGCGCUGCGGUGGAGACGCCGAAAAAAUAGAAUAUCUAAGCAACAGCUUUGUACGUCAUCUCUCAGAGCAAUACGAGAUAAAGCUUUCCUACCAGCUUUAGAAUAUGAACAGGAUAUGUCGUCUGUUUGUAACAACAUGCUCAUUAUGUGUCAAAUGUGAGACCAAAAAGAGAUUCAAACAUGUUGAAAGUGACAGGGCUUUGUAAAAAAAAAAACUGUACAGUUGCUUUUUAUGUGAACAGAUAAUAUAUUUGUGUUUUUUAUAUUUUGUCUUACUUUAUUAUGGACAUUCUCAUUCAGACUAUAAUUUACACAAUAUCGCUUUUAUACUAUAUUUUGAUUAGGAACAUUUUGUUGUAUAUGUCUAAACACAUACACAGGGCUGUGUUUAAACCAUAUGUGGCACUGAAGUUGAAUGCAUGAAUGUAAAUAUAAAUGCAUGUCUGAAGGCUGUAUGACAUGGGUUGUACUUACAUAACACAAGAUAUAAGAACAUUAUUUUCAUAAACAAAUUGCAUGAACAUA